UCGCGCGUCCGUCGUCGUCCGUCGACGACAGCGAUGAUGCGUCGAACGUCGAUCAAGUCGUUGAUCGAGCGCGCGAGCGCGGCGAGCGCGGCGAGCGCGGUCGCGCGCGCGGCGCGCGCGGCGUUCACGUCGUCGUCAACGGCAUCGGUGCGCGCAUCGUCGUCGUCGCACGCCGACUCGCCGGCGGUGUUCGUCGACAAGAACACGCGCGUGAUAGUGCAAGGGUUCACGGGCAAGAAUGGCACGUUUCACAGCGAACAGGCGAUCGCGUACGGGACGCAAGUCGUGGGCGGGGUGACGCCGCGCAAGGGCGGAACGACGCACUUGAAUCUGCCCGUGUUCGACACCGUGCGAGAGGCGAAAGAGAGCACGAAAGCCAACGCGAGCGUGAUUUAUGUCCCACCACCGUUCGCGGCGCGGGCGGUGAUGGAGGCCAUAGAGGCGGAAGUCGAGCUCGUCGUGUGCAUCACGGAGGGGAUUCCGCAACACGACAUGGUGCGAGUCAAACAGGCGCUGAUGUCGCAAAGCAAAACGCGAUUGAUCGGGCCGAACUGCCCGGGAAUCAUCAAACCCGGCGAGUGUAAGAUUGGAAUCAUGCCUGGAUACAUUCACAAGCCAGGACGCGUGGGCGUGGUUUCACGAAGCGGGACGUUGACGUACGAGGCGGUGUAUCAGACGACCGUCGCGGGACUCGGGCAGAGCACAUGCGUGGGGAUCGGGGGCGACCCUUUCAACGGCACUAAUUUCGUCGAUUGUCUGGAGAAGUUCGUCAAGGAUCCGCAGACGGAAGGCAUCAUCAUGAUCGGCGAGAUCGGCGGCACCGCGGAAGAGGAAGCGGCGGAGUUUAUUCGCGCGAGCGGUACCGAAAAGCCGAUUGUAUCCUUCAUCGCGGGGCUCACCGCACCCCCAGGCAGGCGUAUGGGUCACGCCGGAGCGAUCAUAUCAGGCGGUAAGGGUAGCGCAGGCGAUAAAAUCGCCGCGCUCGAACGCGUCGGCGUUCGCGUCGUCAAGUCGCCGGCGAAGAUGGGCCAGGCGAUGUACGAAAUGUUUGGCGAACGAAACAUGCUGUAAACUAAUUCUGGUUGAUAUCGGUCGUCGACGCCGCUGUUACGCGACACUGCACUAC